AUGGAAACUAAUAGCGAUGAGUGGUCUGCAAGCUCUACCGAUGCGAUCGAAAUAUCUUUAGUUGUUCCCUUUGAAGGUGGUUCAAAACCUUUACAUUCAUUUAAACCAACAACAACUAGUUCAAUAUUCGGAGAAGAUGAAACGAUAAGUGGAUAUCAAGGCUUAAGAAUAAAUAUUCGAUACAAUGCAUGCGACAUGCGUCCUGGCCUGCAAAUAAUGUACAAAAAGAAGACCAAGACAGCAAACGAUAGGAAUACGCUAAACCUGAAGGAUGUGCUUGAAUCUUACUUACCCCGAAGUGCAUUCGAUAAGACCGCAAUCUUCGAUGCUGCAAUUCAAGAUUCGUCAUACACUUCAUGGAAGCCACCUGGAGACCUAUGGAAGACAAUCCAAUCUGGAAACCAGACUUUUGAAGUUUGGAAGGGCAAUUUGGCUGAUCUAGCCGUUCAGAAGACAGUAAAGCGAAUCCAAAUAUUGGUAUCAUUCUUCAUUGAAGGUGGCACUCCUAUCGAGUUGAAGGAGCCCGAGUGGUCAUUAAGAAGAUGGACUGUAUUUUUUCUGUAUCAUAAGAAAAAAGUUUGUCCAAAUGUUCCUCCAUAUAUCUUCAUGGGAUACUCUACUAUCUAUCAGUACUUUUUUGUUGAACCUGCUAGGGUACCUUCAAAAGUGGAGACUCUCAACUUUAAUCUACCUUUUCAUCAUCUUUCGCUUUCACUUCUCCCUUGCCGAUCACGAAUUUCUCAAUUUAUAAUCCUACCCCCAUUUCAAAGUGGAGGAAAUGGUUCGAGGUUCUACAACGCAAUCUUCGACUAUUACCUCAAGGAUAACCAAACAGUGGAACUUACUGUUGAAGAUCCAAACGAAGCUUUUGAUGAUAUGCGAGAUCUAAACGACCUUGCCCGUCUCCGAAUGAUUCCAGAAUUCGUUAAGAUAAAAUUGAACUCAUCAUUAACUGUAUCUAAAAAUUCUGAAAUACCUCGAGAAAUUGUGAACACCAGUACGCUAGAAGAUUUAAGAAAAAGUAUCAAAAUCGCCCCACGGCAAUUUAACAGAGUGUUUGAGAUGCAGCUCUUAUCGCAGCUUAGCAGUCCCCAGAACGACUUAAAAACCGGAGAUCCUUCGAAGAAUGAACCCAAAAGUAAUAGACAUGACUACAGACUAUGGAAAUUAUUAGUGAAGUCACGACUCUUUCACCACAAUCGAGAUUCCUUAAUUCAACUUGAUUAUGCCGACAGAAUCGAAAAGUUAGAACAGACACUCUGGAACGUUGAAAAUGAUUAUCAACGUCUCCUUAAAGCUUACGAUAAGAGAUCAAGUCCAAAAGUUGUGGAAAGCCUACACCCUGUCGUCGACCACAAAAGAUUAAGCUCAGACGAGGUUAUCGAGGAUAAUCACGUUAACAAAAAGGCAAAAGUCUGA